AUGGCAAUUAGAAAAACAAUAGUUCGUACUGAAUCACUUUCAACAGAUCGUGUACAUGGUUAUUUUGAUGAUGAUAUAGUCACAUGUCCCAUCUGUACAAAUAUUCUUUCGAAACCUGUAACUUGUAAAACAUGUGAAAAUUCAUUCUGUUUAAAAUGUAUUCGUUUAUGGCUUAAUGAAAAACCAAAUUCAUGUCCAUUCAAUUGUCAUUUUCAAGAACGAAAGCCUCCACCAAUUCUUAUUAAAUUAUUAUCAAAAUUGAAAUUAAAUUGUCAAUAUAACUUAAAUGGUUGCACAAUUUUAAUACCUUAUGAAGCAUUAGAAAAGCAUGAACUACAUGAAUGUUUAUUUCGAUUAACACAAUGUUCUAAUUGUUCAAAAGAGAUGCUAUACAAUGAACUUGAAGAUCAUCAAAAUAAUGAUUGUUUACCAAAACAAUUAACAUGUUUAAUAUGUGAUACCAUGUAUUAUCAGAAAGAAGGACAUGAAUACAUAGAUUGUUUACAAAAGCAAGUACAGAUUAUGGAUGCAGCAUCGAGAUCACCUGGCAAAAAACCACCGAGCCAACAUCCAUUUGUUAAAAGACUUCGUUUGUUACAUGCAAGAGAACAGACAAAUGAAAAUUAUGCACAAAGAAUA